UUUGUAUUCAAUUACUAGUGUAUUAAGGUUGAUUUAACAUCAUUCAACCGUGAUAUCCAUUACUGAGUGCGUAGAAAAGAAAACCAGAUUGGUUCUCAAAAUGGACUCUGCAGUGAAAGCUCCAACAUCAACUGCAACCACUGACCCGAGAUUCGGAUGGAUCGGUCUUGGGUCGAUGGGGCUGGCCAUGGCAUUGAAUCUCCACAGCCAUCUAUCGCAUAUCGGUGCCCCUCCACUUUGCUUCUAUAACCGUACAGAAGCUCGGGGCCAGCCGAUCCUCGACAAAGGAGGAGUCCAGAGCGCCAGUGUCCAAGACCUGAUUGCCCAGGUUGACAUCUGCUUUAUUGCCGUCAGCGACGGCACAGUCGUUACCUCGAUCGUCAAUUCAAUCAUAGAAGCUUCAACAACUGAACAGCUUCAUGGCAAGAUCAUUGUCGACACGUCGACCAUUCAUCCCGAUGUCUCCUCCUGGGCGCAGCGAAAGCUUGUGGAACAGGGUGCUAGUUUUGUCGCAGCCCCCGUGUUCGGGGCAAGCCCUGUAGCACGGGAAGGUCGGCUUUUGAUAGUAACAGCAGGCGCUGACGAGGCUGUCAAAGCGAUUGAGCCGUUCUUGGUUGGUGUAUUGGCGAGAAAGACGUUGCACAUGGGAACGGACGCGGCGCAAGCGAGUUUGAUGAAGACGGCAGGAAACUUCUUGACGGCUGGGAUGAUGGAGCUUGUGGCUGAAGCACACGUCUUUGCCGAGAAGACUGGUAUUGGAAGCGAGGCACUGGAGUCCUUGAUUGAAGAGCAGUACGGCGCACUUCCGCUCGCGAUGUCGAGACGGAUGACUGAAGGGUUUUACCUUCCGAAACAGGGGGAACGGCCUUGGUCGGACCUUAAACUGGCUGUGAAAGAUGUUGGAUUAGGGGUUUCGUGUGCGGAGAACGCCGAAGCGAGUUUGCCCGUUGCAGAUGUCAUUCUCAAGCAUUAUGACGAGGCUUGCCAAUAUGGAGAGAGGAAUGAAAGGGCAUUGGACUCCUCGUCCAUGUAUGGAGUACUCCGGACGCAUGCCGGGCUUGAUUUUGAAUCGGACCGUGUGAAGGAGAGGCGAUGAUGAACCUGAUGUGGACACAUCAGUGCCAUGACUAUUUGUGAGCUCAAUGAAAUCACCUUAUAGGCGUGUACUAUCAAUCAAUAUCCUGUUACACCGCAAGCAUCCACUGUUGAUGUCACUAUGUUGAAUAUCUCUCUUCGGUCAUGAAGAGCUGACAUGCCACUGGAUAUUUACUAGCAUAGUCUCAUGGGUGCAUGGUCCCUUUAAUGCGGUUCGUUGUGAUUGACCGACUCUUCACUUAUUGGUAAUCGAAACCGUGCUUAUCACUGCUGCCAAAACACUUGAUUAAAGAAGUGUGGGUAUUGUUUGACAAUUAAAUCGUCCCCCUAGCGGCCCAA